CAGAGCGUCAGCAUGUUAAAUGUAGUUUCUGUUGUCUAUAAAUUACGAUUCUAUAUUGCAGAAAAAUUGCUGACUUUGGUUCUCUUAAGGAAAAACAAUAUACUUUCUUCUGGUAGGGAAAGAGUGCAGAGGAAACCCGGGAAUAUGGCAUGGGAUUUGCAGUGAAAAACACUCUGCUUCCCAUGAUGGACCAACCGACAGGAGGCACUGAGCGGAUCCUUGCAAUUCACCUUUCUACCAGCAGCGGACCAGCAAACCUGUUGUGUGCUUAUACACCGACCCUCUGCUCACCACCAUAGUCAAAAGACACGUUCUACAAGGAGCUUGACGCGGCUGUCGACAACUUCCCGAAAAAUUAGCAUCUGCUCCUUCUGGGAGACUUCAAUGCCAGGGUAGGUGCUGACCACAAAUCCUGGCCAGACUGCUUUGGUCACUUUGGAGUGGGGAGCAUGAAUGAAAAUGGACAACAUCUGCUAGAGCUGUGCUGCUACCACAAGCUCUGCAUCAUGAACACCUUCUUUCAGACUAAGCCUCUGCACCGGGUAUCCUGGGGACACCCCAGAUCUAAACGUUGGCACCAGCUCGACCUCAUCAUCACGAGGCGAGAGGCCCUUAACAGCGUGCUUCUCACAAGGACGUUUCACAGUGCUGACUGUGACACAGACUGCUCACUAGUCCUCAGCAAGGUCAAGCUUUGACCAAAACAGAUCUAUCACACCAAGCAGAAGGCCCGUCCACGCAUCAAUGCCAGCCGUUCUACCAACCCGGCUGUCACACAACGCUUCCUCACCUCCCUUGACCAAGCACUCUGUGGACCAUCAAUGAGGCAAAGUGCUGUGGACAAAUGGAAAUGCUUACGUGAUACCAUCCACGACCAAGCCAUUGCCACAUACGAAAUGCAACAAUUGAGAUUUGACCCCGGAUCACCUGACUCUGUGGCAGAUGUCCAAAUGACCUACCCGUGUAUUUGUGGUCCAACCAACUUUUCUCCCAUUGACUGUUCUUCCAUUAUUCCAACUGGCCUGACCUGUGAGGAAUUUUGACAUUGAGAUUCCUAAAUCCUAACAGGAUGAAUCUUCUUGACUACCCUGUUCCGGAGUUGGACGUGACCUUGCAGGAAGUGUGCCGCGUCCUUCAGCUCACUUUAAGUCCUGAUCUUUACGCUGAGUUCAAAACCACACUGGAGAAGCAGAGGGGGCUUCUUUUAGAGGCUCAGCAGAAGCUAGCAUCCAACGCUGCCGGCCAAGAGAAUUGGGUGACCGAGCAGUUCAAGAGAUACUUGCUGUCUUGUGCUGACCCCCUGCCAACCUCCACAGCCCUCCCGGUUGUUCUUCUUCCAUCCGAAACGAAGGGAUGCACCCAGUUAGCGAGAGCAGCUGCUCUGCUCUGGGCUGCGGCAAAGUUAUACAGUGAGCCAACAAUGCUGGAGGGUGACCUGCCAUUGGAGAAAACCCAACAAUCGGAGGUUUUUGCUGCCACCCGAAUUCCUGGCAACAGUCGAGAUGAAAUUAAGGUCUACCCUGACAGCAUCCAUGCCAUAAUUACAUGUGUUGGAGGAGUGUUCCCAGUAUACAUACUGCAGCGCUCCACCACUGGUGGGCCAUUAUCUGCUCGGUCCUUCUCUGACAUCUACAACCAGCUGGCUAAAAUAGCUAAGCAGCCUAACACAAGACAGAAGAAUGACCCCUUAACCAUUUGUAGCCUCUCCGCUUUGGACCGCAAAUCCUGGGCUGCCAUUAGGGAAGAGCUCAUAAAGAAAGAAGGAACUGCAUUAGCAUCACUGGAGCAGAUGGAGAGCGCCGUGCUGACGUUAAGUUUGGAGGACUGCAAUGCACCUUCUGAACUGGCUGACAUCCUUAAUGCAGUGAGACUGGGAGGAGAAGACGGUCCCUGUUUGAGAUACUAUGACAAGGUGCUGAAUCUGGUAGUGUUCAAAGACUGCACAGCGGGAUUGCUUUUCGAGCACUGUGCUGUGGACGGGAUGGUAGCUGGCCUCGUAACUGGCAGCGUGUACCAACUUUCUGAGUCAGCUGACCUAAACAUAGUCCACACUGAUGCAGAUAAUGUGAAAGACUCUGUUCAGCCAACAUCGCUAACAUUUUCUUCGCAAGGGGUAAACACCAAGCCCAGCCCUGAUUUAAAAUCCAAAUAUCCAGUUGUCACUUUUGAUGUGUCUUCAUAUCCGGAUGUAUUUUCAACUCUCAAAAGCCAAAGAGGCCUCUAUGAUGCUUGGAUCAACUUCUCUUUACAACUUUCCCUGAUGCAGACUCUUGGGAAAUCCGCUGUCUCUCACAUGCUUGUCACUCCUACCCAUAUGCGCCACUACAAACAUGGCCGUUGUGAUCCCACCUACUCAGCCACCGUGCAGUCCCGUAAGUUAGUCAAUGUCUUGGCAUCUAGCAUUCGCCCCGACAACACCAUCCAAUACACAAAUAGCAUUCUAAAUUUGUUCCAUGUUGCCUUUUUGGAACACAAGACUCUCAUCAAAAACACUAAAACUGGACAUGGUGUUGGUCCCCACUUAGCUGCCCUUCGUCGAGCUUUACCAAAGGACAAUCCGUUGAAAAAGUUUCUCGACCGCUUUGGUUGUCCGUCUGUGUACCUCACUGGAACAGAUUGGAUGGAGGGAGUAGAGUGUGGAGUUGGUAAUGUUUAUGCCCAGGAUCAGCUAGCAGUAACUUACCUUGGGAAAAGGGAUACGAUUCGUAUUGUGCUUAAUGCGAAAGGGAGCUUUUCUCUGGAACUGGUCAAGCUGCAGGAGAAGCUGAAGGAGAACUUGACGUUAGUGAUGCUUUUAGCGCUCCGAUAUGCAAUCACUUGUCAAAUGGGAGGUCUGGAGUGUCUCCUUAAACCAAACCAGACAAAGAAAGUAAACAGAGCGAUAAACCACUGUCCAAAGAGCACAUGCAACAACAAAACAACGGCUGACUCAGCCUCAGACAUGAGUCCAGACUAUACGUUGGUGAUACAUGGAGGUGCUGGAGAGGGGAUGAUGAUGAAUGCCCAAGUGAUAAAUGUCAUUGAGUUUGCUCUGCAAACAGCUUUACUCCUUGGAUCCGAAGUGCUCCAAAACGGUGGCCAGAGCCUGGAUGCAGUUCAGAGGUCAGUGGAAGCUCUAGAAGACUGCUUUCUCUUUAAUGCUGGAAAAGGCUCUGUAUUCAACAGAGAAGGCAAAAAUGAAAUGGAGGCAACCAUUGUAGAUGGCUAUCAAAUGAGGUCUGGAGCUGUUGCUUGUGUGCAAAGUGUAAAGAAUCCAAUAAAAGCGGCAAGAUGUGUCAUGGAAAAAAGCUCACAUUCCCUUAUUGUGGGAGAAGGUGCUGAGGAGUUCCUGCAGGGCUUGGAGCAGAAGCCUCAACCUGUCACACCUGACUAUUUUCACACCGAUAUCCGCCACAGAGAGCUAACUGCGAAGCUCAGUGUUGUAAACCCUUCAAAAAACAAUCAUCCUCAGACAGUUGGAGCUGUGGCAUUAGAUUCUUGGCGUGGAUUGGCUGCUGCAUCGUCAACGGGCGGGCUAGUGGGGAAGCUGAAGGGACGAGUUGGUGACACAGCAGUAGUUGGGGCAGGAAUAUAUGCUGAUAACACAUUAGCUAUUUCCUGUUCCGGAGAUGGAGAUGUGUUUCUGAGGCACACAGUUGCACAGAAAAUCGCCAGCCUCUACCAUCACAAAGGCUAUAGCCUAAGACAAGCAUGUAGAGAAGUAAUGACAGAAAAUCUAAAAAAUGUCUGUGCAGGAGUCAUUGCUGUGGACUCUAAAGGGGAUGCUGUUAUAGAGACAAAUGCCGCUGUAAUGUUUGUGGCCUCCAUGAUUGGCGGAAUAUCCAGAGUUGAGGUACUUCGGCCCCUGAAUAAUGUCUCUGAUGUGAUCUGGGAAACAGAUGAGCUGGUUGCAUACCUCAAUCCCAAUCCCUGGACCCCCGGGUCAACUAUUUUGACUCGAAAAAUGCUCAGUGGGGCACAUGACAUCUUCCAUUUGGCUGAACCUGAUUUUUUGGUCCUGCUAAAUGGGGCGAAAUCUGUAUCAAAUGUUCUAUGUAAGCAACUGGGAGUGCAGCGUUGCGCUUUGGUUUUUUAUCCCAACCCAAAUCAGGCAGCUCAAAUUAGACUGCUCCCACUUCAUGGCUUAGUGCCGAAAUGGCAGCCGCAUCUUGCCAGUCAGGAGGAAUUUCACUCUUACCACCCUGGAUAUUGUUCAUCUAAAAGUGGACCUCGUUGGGAUGAUGAAGCACUGGCCAAGGUUCAAGCCGACAUCAGGAAAGGACUACCAACAACAAAUGCGCCUUCUAACUUUGAAUUUUUUGGAGAUCUCUCUGAUGAAAACCUGUUUAGUCGGAUUGUAAAAGGAGAGGAAAAACAGUGGAGAGUAUGGGAAGACAGUCAACAUGUUGCUUUCCUCACACCAUACCCAAACACUCCUGGAAUAACUGUGGUGGUGCCACGCAAACCACUGCCCAGUGACAUCAUGAAGCUGGAGGAAAAAGACUAUAAAGCACUCAUCUUGGCCACUUAUAGAGUUGCCCAACUACUGGUGGAAGGAAUGAGAGCUCAAGGUGUUGCACUAAUCUUUGAGGGCUUCGAGAUUGACUACGCUCACACCAAACUGAUUCCUCUGCUACCUUCCCCUGAAGGUCCAACAAUUGUUAGACCACAAGCAGAAUUCUUUCCAAAGUACCCUGGCUAUGUGUCAUCCCUUGAUGGUCCACCUGCUGACCUAGCUGACCUCAAAACACAGUACUCUAAAAUCACUCAGUGCAGGGCUCCACAAUCUUGGAAAGACCCUCAGUCACACUCCACACUUGCAAUCACCAGCCAGUGGUAUCGAAACCUGUUCCAGAUACAGAACACUCUUUUCCACAGCACGGUGGAAUAUUUUAGCCAUUCUUGCAAGUACUCUUAUGCUCUAACGCCUUUCACUACAGACACUAUCUCCUCCCCAAUGGGUCUUGGGUCUGACUCAGAGCCAGUUUUCGUUCACCUCUUGGGUCAAGACAUCUAUCUGGCUGACUCCAUGCAAUUUGUGCUUGAAUACUUCCUCCGCUUCCAGGAGAACCUACAGGGUACCUACUACAUCUCUCCCAGCUUUAGAGGAGAAGAUCCUGAUUCCACACACUUGAAUCAAUUUUAUCAUGUGGAGUGUGAACUGUUGGGGGACAUGGACCGUGCUAUUUCCAUCGCAGAGAGAUAUCUGGCUCAUCUCACUAAGUCAAUACUCAAGAAACACUCUGAGAUAAUCCUCCACACUGCAGGGACCCUCACACAUGUCACAUCCAUGCUGAGUAAGUUGGAGGGUGAAACCCCAGUGCCACGGGUUUCUCUUGACCAGGCCAUUCCAAUGAUGCCCUCUGCUGAUUGCUUGGAGUGGGUCCAAGACGGCCAGCCCCAGUUUGGAAGAAAGCUUACACGAAAAGGAGAGCGGGUGUUAAUAGAAAAAUAUUGCGGUGUUGUUUGGUUGACUGAGAUGGACCAUCUAGCGGUUCCCUUCUACCAGGCUUAUGUGGAGGGCAGUGGGCGAUGCAAAGCCAAGGCUGCAGACCUUCUGCUGGGCUUGGGAGAGACUAUUGGUCUCGGUGAACGUCAUUCUACCCCUGCAUUGGUGCAAGAGGCUCUCAGACACCAUGCAGUUCCACAGCAGUCCUACAAGUGGUACACUGACAUGCGGCAGGUGAAACCACUCCUUACCAGUGGUUGGGGCAUGGGCACAGAGCGAUACCUGUGUUGGCUGCUCCAGCAUGAUGACAUCAGAGAUAUACAGAUUAUUCCAAGACUAAAAGGAAUGAAGUAUAUGCCCUGAUUUUCGAUACUCUUCGCCCAACAUACUGUAAAAUUCAUGGCUAAAAAGAAAUACUCGGCAUGAACUGUACAGUACUAGUAUUGCCAUUCAAUGAUGCAAGCUAUAGGACAUUCCAUCAUAUUUAUUUUGCAUUUCUUUCUGUUUCAAUUUCUACAACAGUUAUCUUCUAAAUAUGUGCAACAACUAAUUACAUGUUUAGAAUUGUUUUAAACUUGCAUCAUCAGUUGAUCGAAUGGUUUGAUUACUGUGGUUAUUCUAUAAUACUGGAUCACAGCAUAUACUGUAUAAAUAAAAUAUAAUCAUAUUUUGAUGUUGUCCUAAAACAGCCAUCCAUCCAUCCAUUUUCUACCGCUUAAUCCUUUCGGGGUUGCGGGGGGCGCUGGAGCCUAUCUCAGCUACAAUCGGGCGGAAGGCGGGGUACACCCUGGACAAGUCGCCAACUCAUCACAGGGCCAACACAGAUAGACGGACAACAUUCACACUCACAUUCAGACACUAGGGCCAAUUUAGUGUUGCCAAUCAACCUAUCCCCAGGUGCAUGUUUUUGGAGGUGGGAGGAAGCCGGAGUACCCGGAGGGAACCCACGCAGUCACGGGGAGAACAUGCAAACUUCACACAGAAAGAUCCCGAGCCCGGGAUUGAACCCAGGACCUUUGUAUUGUGAGGCAGACGCACUACCCCCUCUUCCACCGUGCUACCCUGUCCUAAAACAAUUGCAUUUUAUUAAUCUGAUGCAUUUCGUGUUUUUUAACUAACAUUUCAAAUCAACUUGUAGCGUUUUAAUGGAGGUAUAUAUAUGAUCUUGCCCCAUAUAUUUUUCAAUAAAAUAACAAUACCAUCUUCUGUUUUAACCAAUAACUAACAAAGUCCAAUGACACUUGUUCUCUGAUCAUGGUAUUAUCAUGUUUUAAAUAUUUGUGGAUGCAACUAAUGGACAACCAUUUUGAUUGUGAUGUUCACAGAGAAUAAAU